AUGGGAGAGGAUGCUAAUUUGAUGGAGGACUCAACGAAGGUGAAUGAAAAUGAUAAUGAUGAGGAUGAGGAUGUACAUGAAACAAUAAAUCAGCAUGAAACCUCUUCCAAAGACGGUCCAUCCAGGGAUCCCAAAUUUAUCUCUCCUUCCCAAUCAGAUUACCAGCGCAAGGACAAUGGAAUAAUAAAGGGUUAUGGAACAAUAAAAGACCUAUCAGGUUCUGUGUUCAAUCCGUUUUCAUUCUUGACAUCCUCAGAAGAGUCCAGCGACGACGGCAAUUCCACAGAAAAUCCAGCCAACCAAACAAAUCGACUCAGAAAUGGGAAAAGAGCCAGUCUUGUUCAUUCCAAAGUUGACGCCUCGUCGAGGUCCAAGAAUGGUAUCACGAAAUCCAAUGAAGAAAGCACUAUCAAUUCGACAAACCCGCCCGCAACCAAACGAAUAAGUACACGGACAGGGCCUCUGAAUCCGACAAACAAGAACACCAGCGGUGAAGCUAACACAGCGAGACGAAAUGGAAACAAACAAAUACGUGAAGCUAGCCCAAAUGGUACCAAGGAACGACUACCAAAAACAACAACGAAGUCAGUUCGGUCUUCUUCUAAAACAAGGAGAAAUACGGAAGCAAUAAUAAGGAAACAACCCGUCAAUGGAAAAACAAAAGGAAAGCUAAAGGACCCACCAUUGUAUUCCACAGGGGCUUCUAGGAGUAGUAAACGGAGGAAUGGUGGCAAGGAUGAUAAUGACUGUCACGAUCAUGACACUUCCAACACUGCUGGAUCGUCGUCGUCGUCGUCGUCGUCGUCAAGUGCUGACGAAAAUAUAGCACGUGUGCCAUUGCAUACUGCUACCUCUACCCAAGAAGACCAUAAAGAAAGAGAGGUAUUAAGUCAGAAGUGGACAAGAGACUUGGACAAAUGCCAAACCAAGAAACUCCAUAGUCGCCAGUCCAAAACUGCAGACACACAAUCAAGUCCAAGAAUCCGCAAAGUGGAUGAUUCAGAUGAUGAUUCCGAUGGAACAGAAAACAUCGAAAAUGAGACUUCAAAUGAAGAACAAUCCAUUGAGAAUAAGACUACCACCACCACCACUGCUCCAGCAUCGACGUCGAGUUUGAAUAAUGAUGGUGUUACUGCCGCAGAGAGAACCCCACCACCAGUUGCCACUCCCAGCCCUCUCGAGCCGCUACUAGAAGAGUAUAAUCCUUUUGGAGAUGACGACGGAAGCAGCAUCAGCAGCAGGGAUACUAAUGAAAGGGACGACGAAAUGCCCAAAACCAGCAAGGUUCGUACAAAGGAUCCACAAUUUUCGCACUCGCAACAAGGGGAACCUCCCAGCCCUUCCGAGCAGCUGGAAGAAGAAGAGGAAGAAGAAUACAACCCCUUUGGCGAUUCUUGGGGCGAUAGUGACAGCAGCGACUACGAUGAACAGCAAAAAGCUCAGAUUUCACAAACGAAGAGCAAAAAGCGGACGAGGGAACAACGAGAUUCCAAUGAUGCAUCUAUCACCACUACCACCACCAAGCCUCCACCUACGAAAACGUCCGAGCAGACAAAAGGGACUGCCACAGAGGCACUGGAUCGAAAUGUCAUGGGCUUAGCUUCCACUCUGGUUCCGCAAAGCAAUGGCAUCAAGUGCACCCGUUCACUGGCAACUGCUGGUAAUCUCAAAUUCGUACGACGAGGAGGAAUUGAGGACGACUCUGCUACUAAUGGUGGCAUGCUUGUGCUCUUGUCAUUGUUGACCAACCAGAAACAUUGCAUUCUGAAUGCUCAGCAGUCAAAAGAACUCGACCAGUGGAUAUUGAAAAAGGCUAAAUACCGGGCGGCAUUGGAGCGAGAGGUGUCAAAUACAAAUAUUGAACAUUGGCAAAUCAUCUCCAAUGACGCCCGGAGGGUUGCGUCUCUGCUGGUUCCAACCUCAGAGCAAGACUUGGUACAACAACGAAUUUUCUCAGAAGCCGAGCGACGAUUGUAUGGGACAUUUGUCAUUCGGACGAUACAAGAAUUCUUGAAGAAUCACGAAAUUUCCAUUGAUGAAAUCAACCACAGACGACAGAGCUACAUGGAAAGUGAGGCCAAGAACACAGAGGGUUUGGGCGAUGGACAAACUUCUCCAGAAAGUGGCCAAUCGGGUUGGUGCGACCUUGAGAGUCAGCUUUUGGAACAUGGAUACUGCGCCGAAUGGAUCGAUAAGGAUGGAAAGAAGUUAUGCGUGUUUGGUACCGUAACGGAAUACGUCCCCACCCAUGCGAAUGACGAUGACGAAGACAAGGAGAAAAAGGGAGAAUACUUGACGAUCGAAUACGCGGAACAGUCCAGAUCCCUUCUGAAUAACAACCACACACAAAUUAAAAACUUGAGCAUUCUUGACAUCCAACCAGUGAAUAUUGCUCGAGCCUGGGGUGGCUGCCUAUUAUACCAAGAGAAGCAAGGCAGAAUGCAGGCCGUGAACGAUGGAAGCAGCAUACCACUCCCAAUCUAUUCGCCAAUUCCAAAUUGCCAGGAGACUAUUCAAAGAGCACCGUUUCCACUUUGUUGGAGAGUUCCUGAUUUGUAUACCCGAGCUACCAUUUGGCAAAAAUCGGCACCCAACAUGCCAUGUUUGUGCCUGCAAUAUUCCGGUUUUCAGCUGGAAUUCACCGUCCGGCCUUCUACCAUUCCAAAUAGCGGAAAUGGGGUAUUCUUAUCCAUUACAAGUCUUUUGCAUCCACCAUUAUGCACGGCAACAACAACAACAACAACAACAGCAUCAAUCAGUGGCAUACAGCACCAUAAGAAGAACCUUCCAGUAUUUUCACUGGCACCAGGAGAAGUCUUGGAUAUCGGCGUCUACGCUCCAUUGACCUCCCAAGACGAAACUCCUGACUAUAUCAUGUUGGUGAGAAGCUUUUUGCAAAGUUUUUGGUGCGAUUCGUACAGUAUGAAUAGCCGGAGCAACGAAGCGGUCUUUGACAUUACCCACGGCCGCGGGGAACUAAUCCCAGAAGCCAAGCAAUCCAUCCUUCCCUUUGUGAAUGAACGAAACGAUUGGGAGACGAACCGUGCGGAAAUUGAAUUGAUGGAGGAUCCACAGGGCGCCUUUCAUUACGUGUUGGGGUAUCGCUGUGAUGACAAUGACAACAAUGACGACGAUGAGAAUGACAGUGAUACUAAUGACGCCCAUGACCUUCCAUUCCGGCAAUUGGCCGACGGCGAACCACGAGAAGUUUUUGUGGACUAUGGAGCUCAGUACGAAAUGGUCCGACUUCAUCAGGGAUAUCCACGGAUCCCCAUGACAGAAGAAGAACGGAAACAAAAGUUGGACGAAGACGAACGGGAGAAAUUGGAUUUGAUGUUUGAGUUUUCGGCCAAAAAGUUACAAAAGGUGAUAUGCUAUUUGCACGAUUUUGUAAGGAACACCAUGGAAACCCUUGAGAAGCGUCAGAAUCGCAACAACAAUAUUCGGGAACGCGCCCUGGCGGCCAUUAUUGUCUUGCAAGCCCGGAGUGAACAGCUGCGCCCGGAAGUGGUGGUGGGGAGUCACCACCAUCAUUCUCCCAUGGAUCAUGAUGAAAUCAAUAAUAAUAGAAGGGAAAAUCGUCUGCGACAAAGAAAGGAACACGUAUGCUACAACCUUUCAAAGACCAACUAUGAUGUUGACGAUAUUAUGGAUGACAUGACCAAAGAGGAUUGGGACACUGUGGAUAGCCAACUGCAAUCGAUUGUCGAAACAAUCCUUCCAGGUUCAUCAUUGGCUUUGUUGUUAUCCUCGUUACCGCAGCAAGCGGCCAUCAAUGACGGCUCCUUGUUGGGCAUGGCGUGUUCCAUUGUCGCAUCACAAGUACGAAAAAGCUCGGAUGAUUUGCUGGAAAGCGAAUAUAUUGAGUUUUGA